CAGCAGCACUCACUAAUUCUUUCAGAGAGACGGUGAAGGUUACCUGCUUCAACAGUGCUUGAACGGCAACCUUUCCACUGUCUUGAAAUACUACUCGAUUACUCUAAUCUACUGGGCUAUCUAUUACCAAAAGUAUUUUACUUUUACGUUUUCUUUGAAUUUCACGCGGUAGCUAAGACAUUUACGUUAAUCCGACACGCUACGAAAGUAAACAUUAACUUAAUUAGCGAUCCAGCAAGCAGACCCUCGGAAGAAUCAAAUAAUUUAAGUGGUAAGCGACUUCGAGAAUCAACCAAGAACCAUGAGUUCCCAGGUGAGACAGAACUUCCACCAGGACUGCGAGGCAGCCAUCAACCGCCAGAUCAACCUGGAGCUGUAUGCCUCCUACGUCUACCUGUCAAUGGCGUAUUACUUUGACCGCGAUGACCAGGCCUUGCACAACUUUGCCAAGUUUUUCCGUAACCAGUCCCACGAGGAGCGUGAGCAUGCUGAGAAACUGAUGAAGCUGCAGAACCAGAGGGGAGGGAGGAUCUUCCUGCAGGACAUCAGGAAGCCAGAGCGUGAUGAGUGGGUCAGUGGUGUGGAGGCCCUGGAUUGUGCCCUGCAACUGGAGAAGAGUGUCAACCAAUCACUCCUGGACCUGCACAAGGUCUCUUCAGACCAUAACGAUCCUCACAUGUGUGACUUUAUCGAGACUCACUACCUGGAUGAGCAGGUCAAGUCCAUCAAGGAGCUGGGCGACUGGGUGACCAACCUGCGCCGUAUGGGUGCGCCCCAGAACGGCAUGGCUGAAUACCUGUUUGACAAACACACCCUGGGCAAGGAGAGGAGCUAGACCCUCCAUCUUUGAUCUAUCGCAUGUUCAUGCUAAAUUUCUUCUAGCUUUUAAUAUAUCCAAGAUACUGUUCUCUGUGUAGUUGAGGACUGUCGAUGGUCUGUAAAAUCCAUUGCAUUAGGCAACAUUCUGCACUACUUGGAUAUCAUCUGCGUAACCUAAAAGCCAUCACUCUGUCCUAUAAGCCAUUUCUGCACAUACUCUUUCAGUCCCAGCUGUGUCCUGUCACCUUGUUUGCUGCCUUUCAUGACAACAGCCCUACUCGAACCAAAUAAAUAGAACUUGGAUUCUAA